UCAUAGAAAAACAACACAGGGGAAUAGAAAAAAAACACACACAACACAUUUAGUGGUCGUGACGAAGAAAAAACGUAUCGUAAGCAGUAAAUCGCUGUGUUUUUCAUUACCUCCGCAAUCCCCACAGGUAUUGUCUUAUCAAGGUGUAGUGCCAGAACAGUUCCGCAUCGAGCUGAAUGCAUUAAAGUGUGUUCCGAAAAGCAGUUGCUCGAGCAGCCUGCCUCCGUAAACUGCGAUCAGAUUACGUGUUUUGCGACGUGCGUAAGGAAAAAAACGCACACACUCUCUGCUAUCAUCCGAUUACACACACCGACCGCAAGGACAACCCAUUAGUUGGUGCGGUCGUUGUCGUCGUUGCUGUUUGUGCAACGUUGUGAGGAUUGUGCGCGUUGCGGAUAGAACCGUGAUUUCCUCCACCAAAGAAAACCCAUUUCACGAGCGUGGGAAGUUUAAGUGAAAUUUGAACAAGCCCCACUUCACGGUUUGGACUCGGGGGAUUCGGAUAAUGGCAAUGUGUCAAAGGGCAGUCGGUUGCUGUCGUUGUCACUGUUGUCGAAAUGCCUGUUGAUAGAAAAACAGUAGGACCCGUCUCGAAACGUCGGACGAUGACACGGAUACGUCGGGAUACGGUCGGAUUGCGAAGAACCACAAACGCAGCAUUGUACGCCACUACCGCCCUACCGUCCGGUACGGUACAUUCGAUGGAAACUUCCAUCAUGAGCACGGAUGAUGGUGUACUAUCUAGCGCCACGGCCGCCGAGCAGAUGGUGGUCGUGCAGGAUGUUUCGGCAGCGAUUGAGCAACACCAGCAGCACCAAUCGGUAUCGACGAUGGCACCGCUGGUGAACGGUGGCGGCAUUACCGUUACCCUCGCGGCGAACGGCACCGUCACGGUGGACGCGAACGACGGUGCGGAUGGUGGCGAUAAUAAUAAGUACGAUGUAGCUGAUAAGGAUGGGAACGAUUUGCCUGCUAUUGAUUUCGCCAGCGCAACGAACCACAACACUAUGGAGCCGCAGACGACGGCGGCGACGACCACGACGCCAUCGGUCAUCAGCGCUGUCGACGAUGAUAAGAUGCGGUGCUACGCGUCGAACCCGGACGAAGAUAACGAGACGGACGCGGCGAUGAUGAUGGUGGAUUCUGUGGGCGCUACCGAAACGGCCCACUGCAGUAGUGGCAGUAGCAGCAAUAGCAGCAGCACCAGCAGCAACAGCAACAGCAGCACCAGCAGCUCCAGCGGCAGCAGCACCUCCGGCAGCAGCUUAUCCCAGCACCCGGAACCGGCCGAGGUUGAAGAAGAGGAAGGUGACGAAGAGGAAGGCGAGGAGGAGGAUGAGGAGGAAGAGGAGGACGACGAUGAGGACGGUACGCAGCAGGAUGAGGAGGAGGAACUGCCGCCAGAUCAAGUAGCGUCGUCCGUUGCUGAUGAAUCAACCAGCGUGGACAAACAGCUGCACAUGAUGCAGACGGACGAUGAUCCGCUGCUGCAGGAAACGCUAAACGCCAUCAUGAAUGGCGCGGAAGGAAUCGAGGUGGUUAACACGUCCGAGGAACACGAGCACAACGAUGCCACCAGCGAGGCUGUCCCAUCGGAUCCGAGCAUAGCGCGCGUAAUUGCGGCCGAGCUGACCACAACACGCCCCGGCAACGAGGAGGUCGAAACGGAUCGGAACUAUGAAUGUACGUACUGCGGGAAGCUGUUUACCCGGUCGAACACACUCGCGUACCAUCUGAAGGUACACACGGGCGAGCGUCCGUUCAAGUGCAAACACUGCGCCAAAGCUUUCCGGGAGCAGUACAGGCUUAUGAAGCAUCUGAAGACACACUCAAAGUAUCGCAAUAGACGAUUAGAACGGACGUGCGUCGUCGAUCAGCCGGAACGAGUGAUGGUCGCACCGCCGAGCGUUCGUGUCCAUCUGCAUCGGGGAGCUUCAGCUGCGCUGCUAGCCGGAGCGAAUGGGAUUGUAGCAGCGGGCGAAGAAGAUUACACCACCGGAGAUAGUGAACGGUUCUUCAAGAGCUACGAUCUUCCGGAUGGUUCCGUCGCGAUGAAGCUAGAGCCGGACAUUUCCCUCACGGAAGAUGCAGACAUUCCCGAGGUAGGGCCGGAAGCGAUGCUAGCGACCGAGGAGGUAGAAACUGCUGAGGACCAUCAUCAACCGAUCGACGAGGAGCACAACGCGGAAGAUCCCAACGGUGCCCAGGAAGGCGUUGGCACCGGCGAAGGGAAUGAAAUUCGAUACCAAAUCAUCGAGGAGAGAAUUAAAUCGUUACAGCGCGAGGUACAUCUGGUCAAUCAGAACCUUAACCGGGUGGAAACUAAGGUGGACGGGCUGACCAGAAUCAUCUCGCUGUUUAUUGGAAAGUUUGAAGAUGAAGCCGAGCUGGCCAACCAAGCUGCUCAGCUACAGCAACAACAACAACAGCAACAGCACCAGCAACAGCAGGAACACCAGCAAGACGAACAGCAGGUACUUACGACCAUGUCCACCGAGAACGAGACGGUGGUUCCGGUAGCGUCCCUAACCGUGGUAUCCCAGCCACCCAACCACCACCACCACCAACACCCUACAUCUGCUUCCUCUACGUCACCUUCACUUCAAUCGCAAAAAACCAUCUUCCUUACCUCAACAACGGCGUCACCCCAAACGGCCACCGCCACCCAGGUCCAGGUUCAACCGGUCGGCGUGUUCCAAACCGAUUCCUCUCCCAUCGCCACCAGCAACCCUGCUGCGCAUGUUGCUCCGCGUACCAAAGAGGCUCGGUCGGCCCAUCAUCAUUACUAUCAGUUCGCCGAACCAACGACCACGACGGUGGUGCAGGUCAAACCGGAAUCUUCUCCACCACCGUUGGCGAUAAAGGUUCGUUCGCCAUCGCCGACACCAUCACCAGCGCCUCAACCGUCCUCCGUGCCGCCACAGACACAGCAGCUGACGCUGGCCGGUGUGAACGGUGGCAAUCAGCUGCUCGAUACAUUCCCCGAGAUACCGGAGCUACCGAUCAGGACCGUGAGCGAUUUUCUCGACCUGAACGAUCACUGUACGGAUAAUGAACAGUUCUUACUGCAGAUGAUGAUACGGUUACACCAGGAAAUACACAACUCGCAGCCAUUCCAGCGGAACAUCAAGCGUAUGAUGGAAGCGCUCGUCACGUACGAGGUUCUGUGCCAGUUCAGUUGGAGCGGUAAAUCGGCCAUUAAUGGACAGUACACCAAGUACGUGUUCGGGAACAGUUUGGGCAUAAUCGAUCUGCUGACGAAAACGCUCAACCUCGGCAAAAGCGCACAGGAGGCGGAAGCGAACCAGAAGCCCAUCUUUGCCGCCAUCCAGAGCUUUAUCAAGCAUUCGAGGCAGAACAUGAUACGGGACAGCCGGAAGCGUCGGGAUCCGCGCGGUCUGGUGCUGACGGCGGGUGGCGAAGUGGUGGCGGGGAUGGUGGUGCCCGACACCACCACCACCACCAUUGCGUACCACGUGAACGGUGGCGAACGGUUACAGAUAAAGCAGCUGCGAUCGGAACGGCACCACCACCACCAGCAAGCGGAGCUGGUUAAUCCGUUCUAAAGUGGCAGAGCGGCCGUGUCUCGAUGGUGUAAAUAGGUGUGCAAUAGUUUCGUAACAAUGUGUAAAAUGUAUCGGAAAAAAUUAGUAUGUAGGAUAUUUGUUUAUCAAACAACAAAAAGCACUAUUAAAUGCGUCAUAGGCUCAUACAUUCUAAACGCGCUGUUUCAUGUCCUUUAACUAGAAGGAGGAUUUCUAUGAGGAUCAUAUGCUUCAUCAUUGGUUCCGCUCCGUUUGUUAAACAUUUAGCUAAGUUUGAUUUUAUUUUCUACAUUAAAUUUGCUUUACACACUCACACACAAAUACCCACACACACACACACACUUUCGCAUUUAACUUUCGCGUAAAAAUAAAAUCCCUUUCCAACGUACGUUUUUGUGGUGGAGCAGCGCGCGCGUGUGUGUGUGUGUCGAAUAACUUAGCAGUUGCA